UUGGAGAGGUCAUUUAAAAAACCUAACCUAUAAUAGGUGCCAGUUUGUUUUUGUUAUUAGUUGAGUACUUAAAGGAUUUAGGUAUGGCUGAUUACGGGAAUGUGAAAAUUUCUAAGUUAUCGUUUAAGGGAGAAUCACAAAAAGGAAAGAAACGUAAACACAAGAGCAAGAAACAUGAAAAAGAGAAGGUGGUUGUUGACAAAGAUAGUAUAUCUCAUGGCAAUUGGUGGAAAGUAACAAAAAUAGAAGAUAUGUGUGGACCUGUGGCUAUAGAGUUUGGAGAUCAAACUUAUGUAAAGGCUUUGGACAAUGGUUUAUUCACAUUGGGUGCUCCUCAUAAUGAGUUUGAGGGACCUUCACCUGAAGAGAUUUUAACAGCAGUGGCUAUAACAGAGAGGAAAGUGGCUUUCAAAUCUGGUUAUGGAAAGUAUUUGAGGGUGGAAAAGAAUGGAAAUAUUACAGGAAGAUCAGAUGCUAUUGGGCCUUUGGAACAGUGGGAGCCAGUGUUCCAAGAUGGGAAAAUGGCAAUACAAUCUAAUACAGAGAGUUUUCUAUCAGUGGACGAUGAUGAUAACGUUGUAGCGAAGAGCAGGACGGCGGGCGAAGCGCAGUUUCUUCAAAUCCGCUGCCAGACCGUGAGACAGGACACCAAGCGCAAAGAGGUUCCUGAUGAGGAGCAAGGAACUUUGGAGCAAGUUGAAAUCAAUUACGUCAAAAAAUUCCAGAAGUUCCAGGACAAGAAAUUAAAGAUCUCCCAGGAUGGCAAACAAGCUUUGGAGAAGGCAAAGACGGAAGGAACUUUUUAUGAAACUAUGCUCGAUAGAAGGAGCAAAAUGAAAGCGGACAGAUAUUGUAAAUAAUUUGUUUAUACGUGUAAAUAAAGUUGCCUAUAAUUGUUUAUAAAUAUAAACAAAUUUGCUUUUAACUUAGGUAACUUUAUUCAUUUCCUAUUAUUGCUCUAGAUGUUGUUUUACUUUGUUGAUGCUGUAAAAGGAAGGGAAGAUUUAAACAAUAAUAGCUCGAGAUAAAG